AUGGAGGCCCCGCCAGACGCCAGGCCCCACGCCUCGGCCGCGGCUCCGCUGCGCGCCCCGGAGGUGGCGCGGCUCCGUGAGGAGCAGGAAAAGGUGGUCACUAACUGCCAAGAGAAAAUCCAGCAUUGGAAGAAGGUAGAUAAUGACUAUAAUGCUCUUCAAGAAAGACUCAGUACUUUGCCUGAUAAGUUGUCUUAUAAUAUCAUGGUACCAUUUGGCCCCUUUGCCUUCAUGCCAGGAAAACUUGUCCAUACUAAUGAAGUCACUGUUUUACUUGGGGACAAUUGGUUUGCAAAAUGUUCAGCAAAGCAGGCUGUUGGCUUAGUUGAGCACCGGAAAGAACAUGUAAGAAAAACGAUAGAUGAUUUAAAAAAAGUGAUGAAAAAUUUUGAAUCCAGGGUUGAAUUCACAGAAGAUUUGCAGAAAAUGAGUGAUGCUGCAGGUGAUAUUGUUGACAUAAGAGAAGAAAUUAAAACUGACUUUGAAUUUAAAGGAAAACACCGAAUUGCUCAUAAACCUCACUCCAAACCAAAAACUUCAGAUAUUUUUGAAGCAGAAUUUGCAAAUGAUCUAAAAUCCAAGGAUCUGCUUGCUGAUAAGGAACUGUGGGAUCGACUUGAAGAACUAGAGAGACAAGAAGAAUUGCUGGGUGAAAUUGAUAUUGAUAGUAAGCCUGAUACUGUGAAUGCAAAUGGAGAAGAUAUGUCCUCUGAAGAGGAAAAGGAAGAUCAGAACAUAAAUGUGAAUAUGAUGCAUCAAGUAACAGACUCUUUCGCCCUCAGCAAUUGUUAUAACAGUCUUACAAAUUCAGAACUCUUCAAUGGUCAAGUGAAUAGUCCAUUGAACUAUUCAGUGAAUGGUUCAAAUUCUUACCACAGUAAUGAAGAUGAUGAUGAUAAUAAUGAUGAUGGUGGUGAUAAUGAAAAUGAUCAUGAUACCUUAGGGGUUGAAGAUAAUUCUAUACCAACAAUAUAUUUUUCUCACACUGUCGAACCUAAGAGGGUCCGUAUAAAUACUGGAAAAAAUACCACCUUAAAAUUCAGUGAAAAAAAAGAAGAAGCCAAGCGUAAGCGAAAGAACAGUGGUCAUUCUGGCAGUGGUCAUUCUCCCCAAGAGCUGCCUAUGAUCAGAACUCCUGCUGACAUUUACAGAGUCUUUGUUGAUAUCGUGAAUGGAGAAUAUGUCCCUCGUAAGUCAAUCCUGAAGUCUCGAAGUAGAGAGAACAGCGUUUGCAGUGAUACCAGUGAAAGCAGUGCUGCUGAUUUUGAUGAUAGACGGGGAGUUUUGAGAAGCAUUAGCUGUGAAGAGGCCACUGGUAGUGAUGCUAGUGAGAGCAUUUUGGAAGAGGAACAAGAAAAUCAUCAAAAGAAACUUUUGCCUGUAUCGGUAACACCUGAGGCUUUUUCUGGAACUGUAAUAGAAAAAGAGUUUUUGUCACCCUCCUUAACACCACACCCAGCCAUGGCUCAUCCUGUGCUACCCACCAUUCCAGAACGAAAAGAAGUUCUGUCAGAAGUAUCAGAAGGAACUACAAAGAGGGUUUCAAAGUUCAAAGCUGCCAGAUUGCAGCAGAAAAACUAGGGCCUGCCUAGGAAAUGGGAGUUUACAUCCUAAAACCUAGUUUUGCAAUUGUUUAGAAAAUGUAUAGCAAAAUAUGUUACAUGUAAUUUGAAAUAAGGCAUCCUGAGUAAAUUUGGCAGCAAGUUCUCUUAUCAGUGGUAUUAAAAAAAAUCAAAGUAAAUAUUUAAAUACUUUAAUAUUCAGCUUGUUUUGUUAAUUCUCUGAAUACCGUCAGUAGUCAUUGUUUAGGUUUGCCGUGUCAUACGGUGGCAGCAUUUUGAAUUAUCUUUCAAAGAAUGCUGUUCAUAUGUGUUGUUUUUGUGUUUCAAACUAAAUACUGGCAGUUUUGUUCCAGCUGUGAUAUUGUGCACACCAUAUGGACCAUUUUAAAGAAACUUUUAAAAUUUCAAAUAGAUUCAACAAUUAUAUUACUUGCUUUACCUUUUUAAAGGCACUUUACAAAAAAAAUCUACUUCUUGUAGGUUUUGCAGCUAGGUGGCUAUUUAAAAAAUCUGUCCCUGUUUGACUGACUGUUAUUCUGUAAUCUCUACGGUAGAAAGCUCCAUGUACCCAACAGAAAGUUUCUUUGAUUGAAAGAACGGUAUUUUGUAAAAAAAAUUUUUUUUUAAGUAAAAGUUUUAUGAAACUUGGUCUCUAAAAUGUUGUGAACUUUAUGAUUCAGAAUUCAAUAUAGAAAUGUCUUUCAUAUAUAUGCUACGUGCACCAUACAGUGGAUCCUUGAA